CUCGAGUCUCCGGAGACACAAAACCAGACCUGCCGUUUUCACUCUCGCUGGCAAUUAACUUAAGACGGGGAAGACCGGCAAGUACUUGUUUCCCGACACACGUCUCAACCCUGAACAUUUCGCCACGGUAAAGUGCCAUUUCCGCACAGCGUCUGCUGACUCCUUGCGUUACUUGGCAUAGCCGCCAGGGACUCAGCGAGGGAGGGACGAACGAUACACACAGAUCGUCGUUGCCGUGGAACAGGGGAAGAAAUGGCCGACGCCGGCGGCCUGGAGCUCGCCGCGGUGCUGACAGGCGGGUUCUUCGUCGUGUUGCUCGUCCUGCUCGCCGUCGUUCUCGUCAGGCGGUGGUGGCGCGGCCGCGAGGCCGCAGCGUCCGGCCGCGGCUUCGUCCUGUUCGGCGUCUGUUUCCCGGAAGACCGCUCCCAGCAGCGCAGCAGGACGUACCGGCGACGGGCGUCGCGGGGCGGGGAGGCGUCGGCGGGCGACGAUGAGGAGCCUGGCGAGAGCGAGCUCGCGAGGUGGAAGAAGCUUUUCGGGGGGCCAGCCAGGUGCCUGUCCACGAUAGAGGAGGGGACGGAGAAGGGCACGCCGGCGGCCACGACGCCCGCGUUCUGCAGUCCGCCGCCGUCGCCGGACCGAAGAGACGGUAGGACGACUCUCCAGGCGGUAUAGCUGGCGCGCUGCGGAGUUGAGGCUUGCCUUUUCUUUCUCUUGUUCCGCGUUCGUGAUGAGUUAGUGAAGCCAGAUUGAGCACAUAGUUCAUACAGGGUUGGAAGUAGCGAUAACUGCACACCAAAACCAUGCAAAUAACAUUUAUGAAUCUAAAUAAGUCUCAUUAAAUCUAUCAUGAGAUAUAGUUCUUAGUA